AUGGCUCUCAGUAAUCAUAAAGGAAGCAGCACUGAAGAAUUUGAAGGAAGUAACUCUGAAAAAAUCAAAGGAAGCGACUCUGAAGAAUUUGAAGAAAGUAGUAUCAAGGAAUCUAAAGAUAAUUUAGCUCGUAAGUUAAUAAGUUAUCUUACAAUUGAAUAA